GAUUCACUACAAUAUUUUCUACUGUUUGUAUCUGAUGGAAAAUUCCUCUGGAAUUGCUCAGCCUCCGGAAGAGGGAAGAGAGGAUUUGUGUUCCAGUGGAUGGGCCGAUGUCAAACUGACCCAUGAGCAGCAGAGGAUUUUGAAUCAUAAAAUCGAGCCUGGCCAGACAGUGAAAAUCAUGGCAUUUGCAGGCACAGGGAAAACCUCGACUUUGGUCAAGUACGCGGAGAAAUUCCCGAAGCUGAAAUUCCUUUACCUGGCUUUUAACAGAGCUGUGGUGGAAAAGGGGAAAAAGGUUUUUCCAAGGAAUGUCACCUGCAAGACUUUCCAUUCCUUGGCUUUUGGAAGCGCUGGGAGAUGCUACAAAGACAAAGGCAAGCUGAACUUUUCCAAGAUGUCCGUGUUUUCCAUCAGCUCCCUCCUUCGGAAUUGCAAAGGCCAGUCCCUGUUUGUGAGAGGGAAAACGGUGUCGCAGACCUUGGAGAAUUUCUUUUCCUCCAGGGAUGAGGAGAUCAGCGAGGAGCACGUUCCGCUCUGGUUCAGGAACACCCACGGGAACAUGGAGCGCGUGAGCCCACAGGAAAAGAGG